AUGAAGACCCAGGUCAAUGAUAGUGACAAGAUCGCAGACAAGCUGGAAUCAAAUGAGAAAGAGAAGAUUGAGGAAGCAGUAGAGGAGGCUCUUGAAUGGCUUGAUGAGAAUCAGGCAGCUGACAAGGAAGACUACGACGAGAAAUUCAGGGAUCUGGUGGAGCUCCUGUUGCUGGAUCACCAGAAGAUGGAACCCGAACAAGUAGCUUUGUUACUUCUUUUACUCUCUUAUCUUCUCCUCCUUUUAUUGAAAAUGAAAUCUUUUUCAUUAUGUGCUAUUUUAUUUCUAUCUUUUGUCAUCUUACUCAAUCUCUGGGUGCAACCUUCAAUUGCUUCCAGAGCAUUUCCUCCCAAUCCUUUUCCUCCCAAUCCUGAAAAGAAUAACACGGAAGUUAAACUCAUCAUCGAUGCAACAUAUUUCCGCGGAGAACCAUGGCCGAGAUGGGCUUGGUAUGACCUUAGGUAUAUCCUCGAUGAAAGUUUUCCAGCAGCAGCAAUAGAGCCCUUACACAGAUGCUUAAACAGAUGGGCAGGGGUUACAAAUUUUAGAUUUAUCGAAGACGACGUAUUUCCCGACCUUGAUUUCAGAUUUCAACCUAUUGAUGGUCCAGGAACUUCAUUGGCUAGAGCAACUCCACCUACAAAGGGAUUAUUAACUUUCGAUAAUUCAGAACAAUGGUCAUACACUAUCCAGGGUCCACCUUAUUAUGGGAUCGACUUUGAAUCUGUCUGUAUGCAUGAAAUGGGCCAUAUACUAGGAAUAGACCAUACUGACGAGCCCGGAUCUCUUAUGAAUUCAUAUUACAUUAGGGGAACGGUUAAACGAGAACCAACUGAGGACGAUAUUGAAGGAAUUCGGUACCUGUAUAAGGAUCUUCCAGUUCCAGGAGAUGAAGAUCCAAUUCCAGGAGAUGAAGAUCCAGUUCCAGGAGAUGAAAACUGA